AUGGCGGAUUCGUUGGCUUCGACUUUGGCGGAACUGAACCUGAACGCUCAGCAGUUGAGCGGGUCAGCGUUCGACGCCCGGCUUGCUGAGGAGGAGAAUGGUACAUACGAGAAUCAUAGGCCGCGGAAGAGGACGAAGCAGACUGCGGAAGAUUUGAAGGCGUCGUUGGAGGCUGAAUUUUUGACACCGUCAUCGAGAUUUAGUACGGAAUGGCUGAAUCAUUUGCAGAGGAGAUGGGAUGUCUCGACAGACCAUACGGACUUAUUUGAGAUCGCCCCCACCCAGACUCGCACCAUCACUCGUUUCGACCGCGAAGGUCUCGAAGGCCGUGUGACUGGCUAUCAUGAAGUCACCGUCCCUGCAACCAGCGCGAACGCAAAAAACUCCACAUCACUACUCCGUCGACCGGCUGGCCGUGCUGAUUUCGUCAGAGGUGCGGCGGGAUUCUUCCCAUUUGCGCCAGGUGGACUAGACGGUGUUGAAGCUAUUGCGGAAUACGAGACCGAAGCGCAGAAUGCAGAGCAGUCACGCGCUGGUGAGAAGCAAUCAGGACUAGAUCGGAUCAUCAACUUUGGGGCCGAAGGUGGUCUUUUGGAAAUUGCACCGGGAUUUUCGCGUGGAUUGAAAUUCAACGAGGUGAAGACCAAAGAGACUGCUGAGGGUGAUCAGGAAGUUGAGCACGCGCUUCUGCAGGAGGAAAGCAACUUGCACGUUGAGCCAAAGGAGGAAGAACUUGAAGAGGAUGAGGGUGGAGUGAAAGUUGAGGACGAGGAAGAACUUGAAGAAGAGGAGGAUAUUGAUUCUCUUCUACCCGUUGAGUUCCCGGCUUUGGAACCCCGUGCUCCUCUGCUGGCGGGUGCUCAAAAGAAAGUGGGUAGAGAGUGGGCGCACGUCGUGGACGUCAACAAGGAUAUUCCAAAUUUCCGUGAACUCGUUCCGGAUAUGGCUAGGGAAUGGCCCUUCGAGUUGGAUACCUUCCAGAAGGAAGCUGUUUAUCACCUCGAAACUGGUGACUCGGUGUUUGUUGCAGCACAUACAUCAGCAGGGAAAACUGUUGUCGCUGAAUAUGCUAUCUCUUUGGCUGCGAAACACAUGACAAAGGCGAUUUACACAUCUCCCAUCAAGGCUUUGAGUAAUCAGAAGUUCAGAGACUUCAGAAACGAGUUUGAGGAUGUUGGUAUCUUGACGGGUGACGUUCAGAUUAAUCCGGAGGCGAGCUGUCUAAUCAUGACCACUGAGAUUCUACGAAGUAUGCUUUAUAGAGGAGCAGAUUUGAUUCGAGACGUCGAGUUUGUCAUUUUCGACGAAGUGCAUUAUGUUAAUGACUUGGAGCGUGGUGUCGUUUGGGAAGAAGUCAUUAUCAUGUUGCCAGAGCAUGUCACGCUGAUCCUGCUGUCGGCCACUGUUCCGAACACCCAAGAGUUUGCCUCGUGGGUAGGCCGUACAAAGAAGAAGGACAUCUAUGUCAUCUCUACAGCGAAGCGACCUGUUCCUCUCGAGCAUUAUCUCUGGGCAGGUAAAGACAAACACAAGAUCGUCGACUCCAACAAGCGAUUCCUCGAGAAUGGCUGGAAAAGUGCCGACGAAAUUCUAUCCGGAAGGGACAAACUUAAGGCCCAGAAGGCUGCUGAAGCGCAAACACAAUCACAGGCCCAGCGAGGAGGGUCUCAGGGUAGAGGGCGUGGGCAGCAGCAAGGCCGAGGCGCCCCUCGAGGAAACGGACGCGGAGGUGCUCCUCAACGUGGAGGCGGACAGCAACGCGGACGAGGGCAACCCGCAGCCAGAGGUACUGGCAAUAUCGCUCGUACGGGACGAGGAGGGGGCCGGACCAGUGCUGCGCAGGACAAGAACAUCUGGGUUCACCUCGUUUCGCAUCUUCGCAAAGAGAACUUGCUGCCAGGCUGCAUAUUCGUCUUUUCUAAGAAGAGGUGUGAGGAGAACGCAGACUCAUUAUCGAACCAGGACUUCUGCAAUGCUUCGGAGAAGAGUCUUAUUCAUAUGUUCAUUGAGAAGUCACUUACUCGGCUUAAGCCAGAGGAUAGGUCGCUUCCUCAGAUUCUGCGGCUUCGUGAAUUGUUGAGUAGAGGUAUCGCAGUGCACCACGGAGGUCUCCUGCCAAUCAUGAAGGAGAUUGUUGAGAUCCUGUUCGCGAGAUCAUUGGUCAAGAUCCUUUUCGCUACCGAGACGUUCGCUAUGGGUCUCAAUCUGCCCACUCGUACAGUUGUCUUCUCCGGAUUUCGCAAGCACGAUGGAAAAGGCUUCCGAGACCUGCUGCCCGGUGAAUACACCCAGAUGGCUGGACGUGCCGGUCGUAGAGGUCUCGACACUGUCGGUUAUGUGAUUAUUGUGAACGCUGGCAGAGACGAGGCACCCCCUGCUGGUGCCCUGAGGAAGAUGAUUCUUGGUGAUCCGACCAAACUUCGCUCCCAGUUCAGGCUUACGUACAACAUGAUCUUGAACCUACUACGUGUUGAGGCCCUGAAGAUCGAGGAGAUGAUCAAGCGGAGUUUCAGUGAAAACGCCACGCAAGCUCUGCUCCCUGAGCAUGAGAAACAAGUUCAACUGUCGGAAGCUAGUUUGGCGAAGAUCAAGCGAGAACCAUGUGACAUUUGCGACAUCGACCUGGAAGCUUGUCAUCGUGCAGCGAUGGAAUACGAGAAAUUGACUGACGAGCUUCACGUUGGACUUCUCGCAUCACCCGUUGGGAAGCGCCUCUUUAUGCUCAAGCGGCUGAUUGUCUAUCGAAAGGAUGGAAUUCGAACUGCUGGUGUCAUAGUCCGCGAAGGUGUUAGCGGAGGUGCCACGCCCAGUGUACAGGUCCUAGAAAUCGGAACAAUCAGCACCAAGCGUCACCCCAGCGACAUUCUUCCUUUCCUUCCUGGUUUCCGACACUUCCUACAGAGCCUACCACAGCGCGCGGCUCAGAUGACGCUGAAAGUCUGCAAGAUCCCGCUUACGGACGUCGAAUGCCUUACAAACACUAUGGUGAAGACAGGAGGACCGAUCUGGUACCUGAACAUCAAGAAAGAGGCAAUCAAGUUCGCGGACAAGGAGCUAUCUAAGCUCUGCUCAUCUUGGACUAGCCCCGUCUGGGAUGAGUUGGACUGGACUCGAAUUAAGGAGCUUCAAGUGAGGGAUAUUCUCGAGAAGCGACAGGAACAAGCAACCAUUUCUCAGACUUGUCGAUGCCGAGAAUGCCCAGAUUUCCUGAAGCACUUUGAGAUGCAACAUGACGAAUGGCAGGUCAAGGAGAAUAUUACGCAAUUGAAGCAGUUGAUGUCGGAUCAGAACCUGCAACUACUACCAGACUACGAACAGCGCAUUCAAGUGUUGAAGGACUUGGAGUUCAUAGACGAGCAAUCUCGCGUACAGCUGAAGGGCAAGGUGGCAUGCGAGAUCCACUCCGCCGACGAACUCGUCUUGACCGAACUUAUCCUGGAAAACGUCCUAGCAGAUUACGAACCAGAAGAAAUUGUCGCCCUCCUCUCCGCAUUCGUCUUCCAAGAAAAGACCGAACACGUCCCUACCCUAACCCCACGCCUGGAGAAGGGCAAAGAAGCCAUCGUCCGCAUCUCCGAGAAAGUCAACGACUUCCAAAUCCAGCACCAAGUCAUCCAAUCUAGCGAAGACAGCAACGACUUCGCCAGCCAACCACGCUUUGGAUUGGCCGAAGUUGUCUACGAGUGGGCAAGAGGCAUGUCGUUUAACCGCAUCACGGACCUUACCGAUGUUAUGGAAGGGACUAUUGUGCGGACGAUUUCGCGAUUGGAUGAGACUUGUCGCGAGGUGAAGAACGCGGCGAAGUUGGUUGGUGAUCCAUCGCUGUAUACGAAGAUGCAGCAGGCACAGGAGCAGAUUAAGCGGGAUGUCAUUUUUGCGGCGUCGUUAUAUAUGUAG